CUCGUCCUACACUCCGACAAGCACCGCCUGCACUUGCCCACCUCUUCAACCCGCCCCCGACCCGCCGCGCCCGACCCACGACGCGACUCGCUCUCGCUCUCGCUCCAGAUGGCACAACAGGGCCCACACAUCUCUAUAGCAGCAGGCAUCGUCAUCGGCCUCGUCGCCAGCUUUGUCCAGUCGCUCGGCCUCACGGUCCAACGCCUGAGCCACAUCUCGAACGAGCAACAGCCCGUCGACAAGCGCAGGCGAGACUGGCAGCGCCCGCUCUGGCUCGCCGGCUUUGCCGUCUUCAUCCUUUCCAACGUCUUUGGCACCCUGUUCCAGAUUGGCGCCCUCCCCAUCGUCGUUCUCGGACCGCUCGGCGCCGUCUCGCUCCUGUGGAACGCCUUCUUCGCGCGCAUCAUCCUCGGCGACAGCUUCACCGUCCAGCUCGCCGUCGGCUCCAUCUUGAUCGCCGGCGGCGCGACCCUCGUCGGCAUCUUUGGCGUCGUCCCCGAGGAGACCCACACCCUUCCCGAGCUCAUCGAGCUGUACCGCCGCCCCGCCUUUGUCACCUGGGUCGUCCUUCUCGCGCUCACCCUCGCGCUCGUCCUCACGACGGCCCACCUCGCCGAGUGGCGCCUCGCGCGCCGCAUCGCCGGCGUCCUCCCGCCCGGCACACCGACGACGCCGCUCCUCCUCGGGCGCGGGCGCGCCAAGAGGGCCCGCCGGUGGUCCCUCCCCGUGCACCACGAGCGGCCCGUGCCCGUCCUUGGCGCGCCGCCCGCCGCCGCCGCCACGGCGCGCACGAGCCUCGACGAGCGCGAGCCGCUCCUCCUCGAUGCCGAUGACGACGCCGAGCACGAGUCGGAUCCGGACGCGACGACGCUCCUGACCCGGGUCUGGAUCGCGGUCGCGUACGGCGCGACGUCGGGCACCCUGUCGGGCUUGUGUCUGCUCAUCACCAAGACGGGCAUCGACCUCCUCAUCUCGACCAUCACGUCGCGCGAGAACCAGUUUGGCCACCUCGAGGCGUGGGUCAUCAUCGCCGUCCUCGUCGUGUGCGAGCUUUUCCAGCUCGCCUACCUCAACCGCGCCCUGCGCCUCGUCGGCCCGACCCUCAUCUGCCCGCUCGCCUUCUGCGCGUACAACUGCGCGUCGAUCGCGUCGGGCCUCAUCUACUUUCGCCAGCUCGACGUCCUGUCGCCGCUCCAAGGGUGGAUGCUCGCCCUCGGGACGUGCGUCCUCCUCGGCGGCGUGUGGAUCGUCAGCGUCAAGCCGGGAGGGGCAAAGGGCGACGCGGACCAGGCCGGUGGGCAGAAGAAGAAGGCCGGGCAGGUCUGGGCCGACGAGCCGCUCGAGAUGGAGACGGAACCGGACAGCUGUUCCUCGGACGACGAGCCUGUCGCCUGGCGCCCUCGAGGCUUUUCGAUCGGCCUCGGCGCCGCCUCGCCCGGGUUCGAGAUCCGCCCCAAGGUGCUGCACCGAGCCCACGCCUCGCACGCCUCGGCCCCCGUCCC